GAUCUAAUAUUUUUUGUGAAAGUGACUCCAAAGUCGUAGUGAACACCAUACAAGCUAAUCCUCAAAGAAUAUCGGAAUUGAGUUCUAUUAUUUCUUUGAUUAAAGUAUUGUUACAAUGUAAUACGAACUUGAGGUUAUGAUUGUGUGUGAAUUUCUAUUUGCCCCUCCCUUUUUUACUUUAAGAAAAUUGUAUAACCUAUAUUAUUCCCGCUCAUUCCCGUAAAGGGGAACGAAGACAUUUUCAAAAAAAGCUUCUAUUCUUCUUCUCGCUGAGAAAAAAAAAAUGCACAUACGCCGUCUCAGGCUCGACGACGACGACGAAGAAGACGCCGCCGCCGCCGAAUCAGUUCAACCGCAGCCACAACCUCAAACAGCCACACAUCAAACUGAAAACAACUCCAAUUUUCCCUCACCAGCCGUCGAAAUCUCCGAUGAUGACUUCAUCGACAUCUCUGAUGACCUGGUUACUCCUCCGCCUAUUCCCGAACCUCAGGCCUCCGAUUGUCCAGUCAACGAUUUUCUUCGCGGCCUUGGAUUUGGCUUGAAGAGAGACUCGCUUGCUACUUGUCUUCGCGAACUAGGGGAUUCGGUGAAUGGCUUCCAAGGGUUUGAUGUUGCUACAAAAGCCAAACUCUGUUUCGAGCAGUUUCUAUUUUCCGAUCUCAAUUUCUGUGGCUCCGGUGUUCUUCCUCCCAAUGUCGAGUCUAUGCAUCUCGAUGUUCUCCCUGGUCCCUACGUUUUGCAGGUUGAUGAAAUUCUCAAUAUCACUUGUCCUCUACGAAGCAGAUAUCAAGAAGCUCCUCCAGGGCUUAAAAGGUGCUUGAAGUUGUCAAUGACUGAUGGUAUUCAAAGAGUCUUUGGAAUGGAGUACAGGCCUAUUAAAGCUCUUGACGUCUGUGCGUCUUCUGGUUUAAAGGUCGCAAUCUCAAAUGUACAAGUGCGCCGUGGACUUUUGAUGCUGGUUCCUGAAACCAUUGAAGUAUUGGGGGGAUUAGUUGAGCGGCUGGAUGCAGCUCGAAAGAGGCUGGUUGAUGAACUUAAUAAGCCAGCAAGGGGAAACAGAACCAGAAAUGGAGUGCUUCCUCCGUUAGCUACCCGAGCGACUCUUGCUGCAUGGCCUUCAAGUACUGAUACCGUCCAGGCAAACAACCAAGGUACCGGCCACAACAUUCCUGACACUGGUAAUAACUUAACAACUGAAUAUACUUCGCGCAUGGGCGCACACAAUGCUACUUCCAAUUCAAUACCCCGCAUGGUUCCAAACGUGGAGCGAACGAAUAUUGACAUGCGGCGCCAGCAGGGUGCCAGUGUAACAACUGAAUAUACUUCGCGCAUGGGUGCACAAAAUGCUACUUCCAAUUCAAUACCCCACAUGGUUUCAAACGAGGAGCCAAUAAAUAUUGAUACGCAAUACCAGCGGGGUGCCAGUAUAACAACUGAAUAUAAUUCGCGCAUGGGUUCACAUAAUGAUACUUCUAAUUCAAUACCUCACAUGGUUUCAAACGUGGAGCGAAUGAAUAUUGAUAUGCAGCGCCAGCAGGGUGCCAGAAUGACAACUGAAGAUGCUUCACCUAUGGAUGAACAAAUUGCUACUUCGAAUUCAAUACCUCACAUGGUUUCAAAUGUGGAGCCAAUGAAUAUUGAUAUGCAGUGGGGUACCAUUCCUGUGUCCCAUAAUAGUUCAACUGGUAACCGGACUUCUUCAAUAGCUGAGGAGAUGCAUAUAGACACUGCUAAUAUUACCAGGGAAAACUCUGUUUGCAACCGGUCUUCUCAUAUGAACUCAAAUGUUGCAACGACCCAUGAAGACACCAUUCAUGUAACAGGAGAAAGUUCUGUGACUAUUGACUGCUCUCCUGUUUCUGAAAAAGUUGAGACAGAGAGGGACAGAGUUCCUGUAGUCACAGAUAAUACUCCUCUGAAUGGAUCUUCCUCCUCCACUGUUUUUAACAAUGAAGAUAUCCUGAUGGAUGAUGCCAAUGACAAUCCGCUCAUACUGUCUGGAGACCGAGAAGUUCCUUUCACAUACCUAGCUAGUUUGUCAGCCAAGUGGGCUGCAAUGAAGGAGACAGAUCCUCUGGUUCGGGGUAAAAUUAAGUGCUUUCUAACCGGUGUAAAAGGAUUCCAGUUUAAGAAAAGAACAACCUACGAGCUUCAGGCAUAUGUAGAUGACGGCAGUCUUAUUUCCGAAAUCCUUAUUGAUCAUGAUGUUGUACAGAAAGGAAUUGGUUAUUCUCCUGUCGAGGUCACUGCGGCUCUUUCUUCUUCUGACAUGAAUAUAGCCCAGAACAUGAAGGAGACUAUGCGCAAAUUCCAAGCUUUCUUAGCAAACUUUGAGGGAGUAAUACUUGUGGAAUUAAAUAGAAAAUAUUCCCUUCCACUUGCUCUAGACAUGAGUCAAGGCUGUCCUAAAUCUGAUGCGUGGUCCCUUCUGAGAAGGUUGAAGUCUCAUCACCCUGCACAAGCUCAAAAACAUUUCCCUUCAGACACAAUUGUUUUAUCCCCAUAAUUAUUUGAAUGGCUAACGUUUCCUAAUUUGGUUGGGAGAGAGUUAGGCUCAAAAUGUUACCAUCAAACGCAAUGUGAAUGGCAACAUGCCAUAGCAGCCCUUACAUAUUUAAGAUGACGAUAAACUGUUCUUCACACUUCACCAAAAUUCUUGAUUCCUAAAGUUCUAGCAGAAUUAAGAUGGACUUAUAGAAAUGUGGCUGUAUGAGAUGAAAUGAUGCUGCAAUCUGGCCUGAUGUGAAGGUUCCAAGUUGACCUGUGGAUUGAAGGAAGGCAUUUACAUUCGAGGUCCAGAGAAAAGUUGAUCAAAAUGUGGUGUCCAACUUCAUCAAAAUACGGUAUGGCCGUCCCAUUAACCUCAGGUUGCCCUGUAUAUCAUGUUGCCGUUGGGGUGGUGCACUUAGUUAAUGUAUGUACAAAUGUUUUAGUAAUUUAACUUGAAAUGUAAAUUUUUGUCAGUAAUUUUAGCUUUGUUGCUUUUUAGCUCAUUAGUUUUGUAUGGUUUACUACGUUUUUCCCAAAUGUUUUAAAAACUGACCAGAGAUCAAAUCCAUGAGAGCUCUUGGUCAUAGGCUAUUGACCCCCCAAAAAAGACUGAAGGAGGGGGGGUACAAGGGUAUCUUUCACUUUAUUUUAGAACAACUCGAAUGGAGAUAUCAUUUAAAGGAAACUCAAGUUUCUUUCACUUGGAUUAUAAGAUAAUUGGUAUUGCAAUUUCAAUUUGUAAUUGUGCUCCUGAAAAGAUGAAAUAUUUUCAUUUACUAAACUAUAGGACACGUUUCUUUUACAUGGA